AAAAAAAAUGUCUAAACUUUAGACUUAUUAACAAUUACAACGCUGAAGAAAUCGCUAUAAUUCUCACUAAUGCUAAACAUGCCUCAAUAAAAUAGCUAAAUUACCAUCACUGUUGUGAAAAACAGAAUAUUCUAUCAACAAAAAAAAGAAAAAACAAACUGUGCAAACCGGCAUAAAAUUAUUAAUAUUUUUUUAUUUAUCCACAAAAAGCGUAGACAGCCCCUACCACAAUAUGAUUACAGAUGUCCAAUUAGCCAUAUUCUCCAAUGUUUUGGGAGUAUUCUUAUUCCUGCUAGUGGUUUUAUAUCACUACAUCAAUGCCAAUUCCAGCAGCAAGAUUAGCUCAAAGAAUAAGUAAAAGCUUUAGAUUUUAAUUUUGUAUGUUUAUUCAAUAAAUAUUUUAAAAAAUGUAAUAACAAA